GCAAGUCUAAUCUCUGACUCUACCUUUGCCUUUCCCUUUCGCCUUUAAUUAGCUUGCAGGGGGUAAUUUCUUGACUUUCCUCACACUUUGGCUUUCUAAUCCUUUUACCUCGAAACUUAUAUGGCUCUCCAUUCCCCCACAUAAUAUAUAUCCACAUUCUCUCUCUCUUACACACACUUAUGCACUCUAUAUUCUUAUAUAUUAUCACCAAAGAAUCAAACCAUAUAUCACCAAAUUAAAUUUCUUUUCUCCCACAUCAAACAUCAUUCACUAUGACAGAUCCUCAGUCCAAUUUGUUCCAUGAAUGGUUCAACUUCAUGCUCCUCCAUCCUCACUACUCCUCCUCUUCGCAAUCCAAUUACCCUCUUGCUAAUAAUUACUCAAACAACAACAGGUUUGGAAUUCAAUUACAACAAGGAGCACCCUCAUCUUCAUCUUCAUCUUCAUCUUUCUAUGCAGCUCCUCCUUCUUCCCCUCCUCUUAGAGUGGCCCUUCCUCUGAUCAACAAGAUAAGCCUCAAAAGUAGUGAGCAGCACCAACAAAAUGAAACCUCCUCAAAUGUUUUAGAGGAGAAAGAAGAGGAUGAGAAGAAAGUGGACAACAACAACAAACAUCAUGAGAGUGGUGAAGAUGCUGAUGAAGAAACUGUGACUGUUGCCCUACACAUAGGGCUUCCUAGAAUGGAUACUUCCUCUUCUUCUGAUCUGGGGCCACCAAAGGUGGUCUCGACAACUUGUAUGGAAAUUGGUGAAAAAGGGGAAGUGAACAUGAUUUCUGAACACCCUUUGGAUCAUAGAUUGAACAAGGGUCAGUAUUGGAUUCCCACCCCUUCUCAGAUUCUCAUUGGUCCUACACAGUUCCCAUGUCCUGUGUGCUCUAAAACUUUCAACAGAUACAAUAAUCUUCAGAUGCAUAUGUGGGGACAUGGAUCUCAAUACAGAAAGGGACCUGAUUCUCUAAAAGGAACACAACCAACAGCUAUGCUAAGGCUUCCAUGCUUUUGUUGUGCACCAGGUUGCAAGCACAACAUUGACCACCCAAGAGCAAGGCCUCUCAAGGAUUUCAGAACUCUUCAAACACAUUACAAGAGAAAGCAUGGCAUAAAGCCCUACAUGUGCAGAAAAUGUGGCAAAGCAUUUGCAGUGAAAGGUGAUUGGAGAACUCAUGAGAAGAACUGUGGCAAAAUAUGGUACUGUUUAUGUGGAUCUGAUUUCAAACACAAAAGGUCCCUAAAAGACCACAUCAAGGCCUUUGGCUUUGGCCAUGGAUCUUUUGGCAUUGAUUGCUUACAAGAAGAAGAUGAAGCAGCCUCUGAUAUUGAACAUGAUGGAGAGAGUUCAAUGUGAAACUUUAAUUUGAAAAAUAUAUAAAAGGGUGAACUCUUUAUAUAUCCAAAUUCACUUAUACAUGCUUGUAAUCGACUGUCUAGUCGAAUUGACCUAGUGUCUACUUUUCUGUUUUUCGGUUUUAGUUUUUCAUAAUUAUGUGGGUUGCUACCUUCAUUUUAUAUAAUUAGCAUUAUAUGUACUAUUUUAAUUAUGAUUCUCCCCUCCUCUUUCUUCACGGGAUCCAGUGUGUCAUGCUUAAACGUAGUUAAUACACCCAAUCUGGAGAUUAUAUAUAUAAAUGUACUGUUUAGUCUCUA